AUGGAGCCCUAUGGAUCCUACAAUCUGUCAACUCGAUACCAGCAAAACCAAUCAACAGCGCCUAAUCUAGUCAACCAUAACAAUAAGUAUAAUACGCAGCAAUUCGUAAACAAUGGUAUGAAUAAUUAUUACAAUAUUAAACCUACAACUUCUCAAUUACCAUAUAAUAAUGGAUUUUUGAUGUCUACAAAUACACCUUCUGUUUCUCUAUCUACUUAUACCCUUAAUGCAAGUCUUAGCAACAAUGGUUAUAUUCCACAGAGUAUACAACCUGCUCCUCAACCUACAUUGUCUCAUUCGUAUUAUAAUGAUAAUUCACCAAAUCAAAAUGCAUAUUUCAAUAAUGCUCCGGCGAUUUAUACUAAUGUAACAAAUGUCAAUAUUGAAAUGUCUUCAAACACUACUUUAUGCUACCUAGGGGAAAACUUUACACAUAAUAUGCCUUUACAAGUUAAUCCAUCAAACAUUAAUUAUGGAGGAUCAACAGCUAGUGGUUUAAACAGUCAACAAUUAUCUUAUUCAAAUAAGGAUGACGAAUGGUUUAAUUUAACAAAUAAGUUUUUAAAUAAUAAAGCAGAAAAUCCGAAUAUUAAUAUUUCAUUUAACAAACAACAUGCGUCUAAUUCGAAAAUAGAUGAUGAAUGGUUUAAUUUAACAAGUAAGUUUUUAAAUGAUCGAGAAAAAAAUGUGACUCGUAAUAUUUCAUUGGUACCUAACACCCAUCAAAAUGAUUCAAAACUUAGUAACUUUUCUAAAAAACAGUUAAUUAAAGCCAGAGAUCUAAAAAACCUUACAAAACUAUACCAACACCAUAAAGAUAACUGA